GACUCUUUCCGCGAGUAACCUUUUAUCCUUUUAUCAAAAGACGUAGCCGGACCAAAGGAAGAAAGUUCAACCGAGACAGUGUUUCUUCGUGCGCCUAUAAGGAUAAUUCUUCGUGUUGCCGCUGUCUUCAAGCUAUAAAGAUUCGACAUGAAGGCAAUCAACCACGUUUGCUGUAUUUUCAUAUUCGUAUGCUUAGUGAACCUGACACAGUCUGAGAACCCGCAGGAUAAGAUCGAGCAACAAUUGUUAGACGCCUUCUCAACAGACGAAUCGCUGAAGAUGAAGAGACCUUUCUGCAAUGCGUUCACCGGAUGCGGAAAAAAGAGGAAUUUUCAUGAAAAUUCAAUGGAAUCUCAGGGCAUGGAAGCAAAUGGCAGCAUCCGACUUCCGAUUUCCGUUUACAAGGCAUUGCUGAGGGCAGCAACUCAAAAUACUCGAAAUACAAUUCAACGUAAUACAAAUGAUUAUCAAUUAUCAGGAAUCCCACAGGUUUAUUUAUCCGGUAGAAUGCCUCUUCAUAAGAGGUUCGAUAUUUCAUCAACAUCCCUGAAUUAAUUCAGUCGUUUAAAUCUACAAAUGACGCGAAUUAUUCGCGAAGAAGAAUAUCAAAAAUAUGUCACUUUAUUAUUCUUUCUUCAUUAUCGUUCCUUUCUAUUUGCAUAUGGAAUUUAUUUAAACGAUAGAAGAUACAGUUUAAUCCAUUGACAAUUAAAUACUUUUCUUUUAUACAAUUACUUGUAUGUUUAAUGAAACUCGAAUAAAGUUAA